AUGCCUGUCGGCGGCACCACGUGCUGGGAAGAGACCUCACAGUGGGCACUGGAGGCGCGCUCCAAGGUCACGCUGCCUGCGGCCUCUGCCGCGGCAGCCAAGCGCAAGAACUCGCUGGCCAGCGUGCUACGCGACGCAGAAGUGGCCCUCAACCACAGUGCCAGAGAGGUGGACUACGUGCUGGUCUACGAGUGCGACGAUGUGAGUCGGAGCUACCAGGAGGCCGAGUGGGAGUUGCAUCGACACUACCGCGAGCUCUACGAGAACGCCAUGCGCAGCGAGGGGCUGCAGAUGGACCAGGAGCACAUCGGCGAGUACGUCUUCCUCAAGGUGCACUGCCCCGUGCAGAGGCUCUGCCAGGAGGCCGAGAACGUGCGCCUGGACCUGCCACUAGACGGCCUUCUCAUCGAAGAAACCGAAGACGACGAAGAACAGCAAUGGAUACACGAGAAAGUAGCGGCGAUGUUCGACAUGGGUGUAAACUCACGGACACUCAGCGCCCCAUUCCAAUGCCGGUGCAAAGACUGGUUUUUCGCUGGAAAAGAGCAAUCGACCUACUUCCGAUCAUCCGUGCGCUGCCUUUUGACUCACCACGUACUUACGAACAUCGACAUUGCCAAAGACGAAACUUCGAAUCCUGCAGAGUUCCACAAAAAGAAAGGGCUCUCGUACCUGCUGAUGAAGAACGUGUACCUGGACGCGUUCGUGGUCCACGAGCGGUCAACGCUGGAGCCCGUGUGGGUGCCGGGCGAGGCGCCGCCUGCUCGGCCGCAGCCCCUGUCCGCCCUCAAGGUGACCGACUCGGUGCACGUCCUCGACGACGAUCGUUUCUCGCCCAUGGCGCCGGCCGCCGCCGCCGCCGCAUCCGGGGACACGCGCGCUGCACUGGACCACCAGUGGCGCAAGCUGAUGGGCGGCCAGCCACUGGACAGCAUCCGGGACUAUUUCGGAGAGAAGAUCUCCUUCUACUUCGCGUGGGUGGGCACCUUCAUCGCUUCCCUGGUCGUCCCCGCCGUCAUCGGCCUCGGCGUCUUCUUCUUUGGCAUCAUCGAGAAAGUGACGAGUGACAAGGACGUCCUUAAAAACGACAGCAGCACCGUAAAUUACACUGACGUGAACGCCAUCAUCUACACCGUGGACGUCAUCAAGGCUGCCGGUGACACCUUCCUCACACCCUUCUUCGCUUUCACGGUCUGCCUGUGGGGCACCGUAUUCCUGGAGAUCUGGAAGCGGCGCCAGGCGUCGCUGGCCCACCGCUGGAACGUGGACCACUUCUCGGCCGAGGAGCCCGAGAUGCCGCAGUACUACGGCACCGUCGCAGUGCGGGACCCCAUCACGGGCGAGCUCAGCUGGCACUACCCCAUGUCGCACCGCAUCGCCAAGUACUGCUGCUCGGUGGGAUUCUUCGUAAUGAUGUCCAUCGUGGUAUUAAUCAGCGUGCUGGCCGUAACUUUAUAUCAAGUAUACAUGUACAACGCGUACUGCAACGGUGAGACAACCUGUGAAGUUGUGCACGGCUCCAUCGUCGCACCGAUGCUCAACACCAUCUCCAUCAUGGUUUUGGGAAAGAUAUAUUCAUACGCUGCAAUCCAGCUGACAGAGUGGGGGUCGGUCGGGGUUGUUCGGACUGGGCGACCAAUUCAAAGACCGGUGCGGCCACCCGGGCAGGGACACGUGCAUGUCCCUGCUGUCCCUGCAAUUGCUCAUCCUGAUGAUCGUCAAGCCCUUCCCCAAGUUCUGCUACGACGUCAUCUGGCCGUAAGACCCGAAGCGUGCUGCUCCGUGCAGAUACGCUCACCCGUGUACUGCUUUGUGCGCAGCACUGCACAGCAUCGGACGCACGCGCGCACCCGGCUGAUGAAGAAGGUGCUCCGCAAGUGGGGCAUCAUGUACAGGGUGGCGGACGAGAAGGUCUCCGACCAGCACUUCCUGCUGCGCGAGCUGUACAAGCAAGACGAUCCCGAGUUCCGCAGGGAUGAGUUCGCAGAGAAGAUCAUCCAGUACGGAUACCUGAUGCUGUUCGCAGCUUCGUUCCCGCUGGCCCCACUCCUGGCGCUGCUGUACAACAUGUUCGAUCUUCGGAUAGACGGCAACCGGCUUCUCUGGCUCAACCGAAGGCCCGUGCCCUUCAGAGACGACGACAUUGGUAUGUGGUUCCAUCUGUUCGGCUUCAUCAAUGUGUGCGGUGUCGUCAGCAACGCGUUCCUCAUAGCAUUCACCUCCACCUUCGGAAGGAACCUCAAGAGCGACUACAGGCGGUUCAUCUUCGUCAUCGCAUUCGAGCACCUCGUGUUCGGCGUCAAGUUUAUCCUCACCCUCGCCAUUCCUGACACUCCUGCUGCUGUGAAAAACGCCAAAACAAAGGAGCGGCAGUUGCUGUCGCACAUGAUGGCCAAGGUGGCCACGCUACAGGACAGACUUCUCGGUGGCUCGACAGCCACGACCUCCCAGACGGGCAGCGCAGCCGCCACGGCCAACGCCGUUGGCGAAGCCGCGGCCGGUGCCGCGCAGCCACUGCGACGCAAGCUGUCGCUGACGCGCGAGGAAUGACACGAGGACCGGGCAGCGCCACUGGUAUCGUCCACCGGGAGCUGCUGCGAGAGCACCUCGUUCAGGACCGUCGCGUGGAUCCCCUUCGCCACAGCCUCGCUUCAGAGGACCGCGUCUGUCAUCAAGAGGCGCCGCCGAAGCACGGUCAUCUUCAUGGACGCUUGAACAGUACAAACACCUGGAGUGCCAGCACUCUGUCCCGGGCACCCGAUUCCCCGGUUCGCGCGCUUACAACCUGUCGGGCUACCCGUAAUCGACUGGACAGACUGUUCGUGGUGUAACACUGCUCGUACGGGGUAGAUUAACGUGGAAGCACCGACUAGUUGGUUCAUACUCGGGACAGAACACUGCUAAGGACACGGACGAAGGUGAAGGCACAUCAAAAAGCCCAACAUGACGUUUUUCUGCUGCCUUCACCUUUGUCCGUGUCCAUUGAAUAUGCUAAGCACUGGUGGAACUCGGGGUCGUUUCGUCGCGAGGUAGUUUUUCCUGUGUUAAAAACAACCAAAAAGUGCUUUUGAGGUUGAUUGGCCCAACUAUCGCCGAACAAAGACCAUCUCUUACCACUACUUCAACCCAUUUUGUUAAUUGAAAAGCUGAACUCCUGAGUGCAUGCAGCUCCAAUGUUUUCAUUUCAUUUUAUUUUACCUCAGAAGCCCCAUAGGGGCAUUACAUAAGGGGUGGGCAUACAUAUAUUUAUUAUACAUCUGUUUAAGAAUAAGAGAGCACAAGUUUUAUAUACAACAUACAUGAAAAUUAGGUACAUAAUUCCAUCUAGUACACACAUAGAUAGCUUAUCCCGUACAUUUUUUCUUGUUCUGAAGAAUGGUCUGUUAGUUUUUGCAUGAAUGUAGGUACACAGGUAAUGGCAGCAAUUUGGUGGGGCAGAUUGUUCCAAUCUGUUGCUGCGCGAAAGAAAAAUGAGCCUGAAAAAGUGGCAGUGCGACGGCGGCCAACUUGGUACGUGUGCCGAGUGCGAUGUGAUAUACGGGCAGCGGGAAUAAUGUAUGGUGGUUGAUUAAGGGAAGUAUGAUAAAACUUAUGAAAACGAAAAGAGAGUCGAGAUGCGACGGCGAUCAGCGAGUCUAACCAAUCCGGAUUCUUUUUUCAAUGAUGACACGCUGACAUCAUAUGGAUACGUUGCUCAUAUUAUUUCAUAUUUAUUUUUGUUUUUUUCAGCGACUUUCCUUACUUGGCUUCUCUGCACACUAUCAGUUAACUACAUCACCUCCUGCAUUUUCUACUUACGUAGGAGCCUCACAGCCACAAAUAAAAUGGAGUUAGGUUGUGGCUGCUAGCAUCCAACAUGCCACUGAAAAGAAAAAUGAUGGCAACUAAUGUUGUCUACUUCGUUCGAUCAAACAAACCACUGUUACCUUUGUGCACUCGAAGUUAAGAACAAAAGAAAAAGUAAAAAGAAAAAGAAGAUGAACAUAGUGCAUGGAAAUCUCUCAUAGGGCAUUUGUGAGAUACUAUUGUUUAAUAUAUGACCUCGGGAGACAGUAAGAAAGGAAUAACAUUAAAGGGACUCUGCAACACUUAUAAACAUGGACGAAGAUACUGAAGAGCUGGGAGCCAAACAGUUUCCUCGAAACGCUGCCAGCCUUUUCCUUCAGCUUUUCAAAUCUUCCAGCCACUUCUUUUCUUCACUUUUACAUCAUAAGAACAUGUAAUAGAAAAGUUUUGCGUAAUAGCAAGAAGCUUAGAUUAUGCUUCUGAAAUAGUACCAAUACAGUUGCUCUUGGAGGGACCCUGCAAAACCUUUUGUGAAAAGUGUGCAAUGAGCCUGGCGUCAAAAGCACUCCUUCACAAAACUUUUCCAACAAAAAGUUUUUGUAUGAAUCUCGCAGUAGGGUAGUCUCACACACCCCUGGCUUUCCCCUUUAAAUUGCUCCUGAAGCUGCGGCACUGUACCCAGGUGAAAUGAUGCUGCCGCACUCAUCCAUCCAUAGUGUUAAGCUUAUGUUUUGGCUUGACCUUGGUAACGUGUGGCACAUCCCUAUGUUACUCCUCUCAAUCUUGGAGGCCAUUUAUCAUCGAUGCAGUGGUAUUAUUCUUUGGCAUGAUUUCCACUGCCUAUAAGUGAUAAGAAUUCAUCGCUUUUGCUGAAAGCACACAUCAAAAGAAAUCCAGCCACUGGCCACCGUGUUUAAAUAUGUGAAGGGAUAUGUGCAAAAUGAAGCAGGGUUUCAGGAAGCUGAAGGGAAAAGCUGGCAGUCUUUUGAACGGAACUGUACGCUUCCAGUUUAAAGUAGAAUAAUAAUAUUUACCUCAGCUGUUUAUGAAGGUGCUGUCUAGCAACUAAGCAGGUUACUUGCCACAUUCAAAAAAAGUUACAGGGCCCCUAUAAAAAAGUGGAAUGUUCAUAAAGUAGAAAUGAUGCAAACAAUUAAAUAACAUUAAUUCAAGAUUCCCACACCAGCAUUCCUACACCAUGAUGCAUUUUGAAUUUUCGCAGCAUCUCCUGGGGCCUACAUAAUUAAAAAAAAAGAAACGUUUGAGAAAGCAAAAUAUACUGGCAACUUUUCAGGGACUUUACUAUUAAAAUUGACAGAAUACUUGAAAAUUUAUUGAAAUUUGCGAGGUCACGCUGGCACCAUAUUUGCCAUGGUCAUACCACAAAGUUAAAGCUCAGAACUUUCUUCAUUCACAGACAAUCUUCCAGAAGAAAAUGUAAAUAGAUGUUUUAAGAGUACACUCUGCUAGUCUACCUUAGCUGAUUUAGUGUUUUGCUUUGGUAGCCUUUGAAGAAUGUGUAACAACUUUCUGGUUAAGUGUUUGCAAAAGUACUUGAAGGCUGAAAAGAGUGCUGUUAUACUGACAAAUCACACGAAAUAGUUUAGUGUGUGCAACUGCUCCUGCAAGAAAACGUCAGUUCCGUCCAAUGGUUGCAUGAGCUGCAAUCGUGCCUUUUUAGCAGUUGCAUGCACAAUCUACAGUUACGUUGACAAAAUGCUAAGGUGCAUGGAGAAUCUAGCUUGAGUACUUAUGGCAGGUUCUAUUCCCGAGUAUACAUUCAUAAGGUCAUUCAGUGCAUGUUGCUCUGGACAAGAAAUAUGAUAUUGUACGCCUAAUGAUUUUCGUGCCAUUUUUGCAACUUGCCAACAGCAACGGAAGCACAAUGUUGACAAAAGCUUUCACAAUAUCACGAUGGAUGGCAUACUCGUGUGUGCACAACAGGAUUUCUCCCUACAUUUGGUGCAUUUCAAGGGAGUGACACACAAAAUGCCUUCCUAUAUUCGCUCAAGAAGGCACCCCAGCUUGUACAAUGCUGUAGCCCUGUUCUAAGGCGACCAUCAUACUCGCAGUGCUGCCUUAGGAGUUAAACCAUAAGUAUGACAUGAUGUGUUCAAUGAGCACUUGUGUGUAAAUAGCCCAAAUGCCAACACUGCACAGUUCAACAUCAUCGUAUGAAAUACAGUUGCAGGCAGCCCAUUCCAAAACAUUGUGGUGUUGGGCUAGCUGGAGUGUUCAGAAUUGAACAUGUUGAGCUUAGAAGAGGCACCACAAGAGAAACGACGAACAACCAACUUGUUUUAAUGCUGCUUCGUUGGCACCAUACACAGGCACAAGCAGGCCAUAUACACCAUAUACAGGCACAAGCAGGUACAUAGUGAUACAUUUGUAAAUUAUUCAACAACAAAAAAAAAGUCACAGGCCUGCAUGGCACUCGCAGCACAGUCGCAAUGUAAGCUGGAGGAGCAGCUCCAUAGGAGCUCCAGUUUUGCAACUGCGCACUGCAGGGUCUUCAUGGCGAAGUUUUUUUCGCGUUGUUUUCAAAAGAAUGAUCUGAGCUGUCCUCCCGGCGUCGAUGGCGAGUUGUGGCUUGUGCUGCAGCUUGUCCUGCUCUUUGCAUAGCAGUCUGCUGAGCCUGUUGCCGCCUGGUUGCAGCCGUGCGCAUAGCUCUAUGAUUCAGUUCAACAGUGGUUCAUACCUUGCGAGGAGGCACCAUAACGUCUAUUAAGAGUAAACACAGGUAUGCAGGCUACGUGGCAUACAUGUCACAUUCCUUGACCUGUGGCACACUACGUUGCUGUUGAUGAUGAUUUAUUGGCAUGCCCUUUGAAAUGCGGUGGUUACAAAUAUUCACCUAGCCUGCUUGAGUUAACGAGGUCCAGCUGCAUGCAGCAUGCAACUGCUAUAUAGAAAUGUUACAUGUUGAGACACCUGGUGGAAUAUAACGGAACUGCAAUGUAAAACUUGUAUGUGUCGACACUACAGGGCACACAUGUCAAAUGGCAUGAUACUAUGCUAAUGAUGAUGAUUUAAUGGUAUUUAUUUCGUUCGAAAUGGGACAGUGACAAACAGUAGCCUAGCCUGCUUGAAUUCAUCAGGUACGCCAUAUAUGUUUUCCCUUAGAUCAAUUGCUUAUACACCUCCACAACUUCCUUUCUGUUCCUCAAGUCUUCUCUAUCCACCUUGUUAACGCUACCUAUCCAAUUGCUACAUGGCAUGCCACCUGGUGUAAUAAUAUGCAACUUCAAUGCAAAGGGUGCAUGUACAGGUGCUACAUGGCACACAUCUCAGAUCACAAGGCAAGUGGCACGACAGAUGCAAAUGAUGAUAGUGAUUUAUUAGCAUCCCCUUUGAAACGGCGAUGACAUAGUCACCUAGCCAGCUUGAUUUUAUCAGGUACACAAUAUAAAGUUUUCUAGCAUUCUUGUAUACAGCUCCUUAAGCUUCCUUCUACCGCUACCUGGGCAUCUGCUACAUGGCGUUCUGCCUGGUGUAAUAAUAUGCAACGGCAAUGAAAAAUGUGCACAUACCAACGCUAUGCGAUGCACAUGUUACAUUGCGUUUCUCCUCGCAUGCUAGGAUGCAUUUAUAUGUCAUUCUUGCACUGCAUGCUCGCAAGAAGAAGAACACUUCAAUGCAUGGUACCUGCUAUGUUUAAAAAAAAGGAAGUCACAGAAUUUAAAAAAAAGUACUGGCGUGGCUCAGUGGUAGAGUAGCUCACUCCCAUGUAGCAGGCCCAGGUUCAAUCCCGGCGGGAACUUGUUCUUUUUUUUUUUUCUCAUUCCCGACAAUACCUGCGAGGCAGUGCCAGACAGCCUCGCCAACCGAAAUGGCUAUUGGAAUGAGCCCGUAACAGCUUACGCCGUAAAAAGUGAUGUUAUUGCAUAUGGCAAUAUAAACAAAAACUUCCUAUCAUGUUUCUGUACGUUAUUGUUUUUUUUUACCCUGGUGUGCUCAUUUUUGUGCAUAUAUAUAUAUAUACAUUGGUGUCGAUCAAGUUGAAUUAAAACCAGCUGGUAGUAGUGCGCCCUUGUCCGUCGUCUUUGUGGUGUCUCUUCCGUGCCGAACAUGUUCAAUUCCAAAUAGCCCACAUCUGGCAUUUAUGUUGCAACAAUGUUUCACUCUUAUAGUGCAACAAUCACAAAAAUUACCAAAACAUAAUGUCCCACAAUUUUUCUCUUGGUAAAUGUUUGUUUAUAGCUUACUUGAUCUGCUAAGAGGGUAGCUGUAUGUCUUCUACAUAUUGCAUUCAUCAACACAAUCUCUGUGAAGAACAGCUUUACAUCAGCUGCCAGUGAUUAAGUAAGGCCCAUAUACAUUUUCCACAAGCUGUCGUAUCCUGUACGUAAAGCCAUGUUUCCAUUCUCCAAAUAAGAGCUCAAACCUCCUUCCUUACGGUGCAACUUUUAGGAGCCCAAAAAAGAUAGACCAGUAAAAAUACUAGUAUUUCAGAAAAAGAGAGCAAAUGGGGAAGCAAUGUCCAGUGAAAAUUUUGUGGUUACUCCCUGUGUUUUCAUAAUUAUGUUAGAACGGGCAUUACAGCCCUAAAGCAAUAUGUUUUGUUAACUUGCUUUUUGAUGUUAUCUUCAGUUCUCUCUACUACAUUGUCCACUACAGUGUUGCAUUGUCUUUAGAUUAAAUGCGUUACUUGAGCAGCCCACAAAGUUAAUAUCACCGCCACUGAUUGGUUUCCAAGUAGUAGAGAGAAUUGAAGAGAACAUCAAAAAGCAAGUUAAGAAAACAUAUUGCUUUAGGACUGGAAUGCCUGUUCCAACAUAAUUAUGAAAACACAGGGGGCAACCA